GUAAUAUACCUAUUACGAUGAUAUCGUAACCUUCAAUCAAAUCGUUUUUCAUAUGUUAUAAUGUAGGUAUAAUUGAAUUCAAAUUUAACAUAAAAUACUAAUUUCUACAAUUUUUAGUGAGUUUUAACAUUGAGUCGUUCAAUCGGGAUUAUCAAUUGUUCACAUAUUACAAUUUAAGUAAACUCGUGUGUAACCAUCCACUAGGUUCGCAGCCCACGAAUGAAACGCGCCGCCGACAUGGCAAACAACAUAAGCACCAACAACAACACUCUGCCAAUAAACGAUUAUUACGAUUACGCCGACAGACCAGAGACAUACAUCGUUCCCGCAUUGUUCGCCAUCAUAUUCGUCAUCGGCAUGAUCGGUAACGUCACGUUGGUGUUGAUAUUUGUUCGGAACAAGCAGAUGAGGAACGUGCCCAAUAUUUACAUAAUCAACCUAGCACUAGGUGAUUUGUUAGUGAUCAUCAGCUGCGUGCCGUUUACGUCCACCGUAUAUACGUUCCCUUCGUGGCCUUACGGGCUGGCCGUGUGUAAAGUGUCGGAGACGGCCAAGGACGUUUCGAUCGGCGUUUCCGUGUUCACGUUGACCGCGCUUAGCGCCGACCGUUAUUUUGCCAUCGUGAAUCCGAUGCGCAAGCUGCACGCGUCCACCGGAGGACGGUUCGCCACCCGGUUCACGCUGUCCGUGGCCGCGGCCAUCUGGGCGGCGGCCGUGGUGUGCGCUGUGCCCGCCGCCCGGUUCUCGUACGUCCGCCAGUUCCGCGUGCACAACGUUACGCUGUUCGAGGCCUGUUACCCGUUCUCCGAGCACCUCGGGCCCACCUAUCCCAAGGUCAUGGUGAUCGUGAAGUUCCUCGUCUACUACGCCGUCCCGCUCGCUGUCAUCGCGUGCUUCUACGUGCUCAUCGCUCGGUACCUGGUGCACACCACCAACAACAUGCCUGGCGAACUUCAGGGACAAAUACGUCAAGUUCGAGCUCGAAAAAAAGUUGCUAAAGCUGUGCUCGCCUUUGUGUUGAUGUUUGCCAUUUGCUUUCUACCUCAUCACAUUUUCAUGCUGUGGUUUUACAACUACCCCAAGUCAACGGAAGAGUACAACACUUUCUGGCAUGUAUUACGAAUUGCUGGAUUUUGUCUAAGUUUCAUAAACUCUUGUAUCAACCCUAUUGCCCUGUAUUUGGUGAGCGGUACUUUUCGCAAACAUUUCGACAAGCAGUUGUUCUGGUGGUGCAUAGAACCCUCGACGGCCACCACGGAAUCCAACUUGUUCGUGAUAAAAAAAAACGGAAUCGUGAGUCGAGACAUAAAAACUACAGAGUCCAUAUCGAUGCACACAGUUACAAACAAAAAUCGAAGUAAUAAGACUUUUACUAUGAUCACGAAUAUUGAAGGUCAAAAUAUCAAGGGCACCCAACAAGGGGUGAAAAAAGGGUGGAUGCCACCCUCUAUAUAAUGUGUUUAUAAACAUAUUUCCAUGAUUAUUUUAAUAUAUAUGAAUAAUAUAUACCUUAUAAAGGUAUAGAAUUAAAUAAAAUAUAAUGUGUUAUCAAUUUAUCAUAAUUCCGAUAAUAUUAGUUUUACAAUUAUUGGUUUAAUUGAAUUAUUUUUUUAUGAUCAUAAUGAUUUUUUUUUUUGUUUGUAUACCUUUAUAAUACAUAUUAUAUUAGAGUCUGGCCACACUGCGGUAUUUUCGCCGUCGAGACCAAACGGUUUUACCGCCGUGGUUAUCCUAGGAUAAUAAUAUAAUAUAAUAGGUGUAAUGAAAAAUUAUAACAUAUUAUUAUGGACAAAGGCCGUUUCGACCUAUAUCACCGGUUCGUUUACCAAUUAUUACAAAUUGACACAUUAUUAUGCGCAUUUGGGUGUAAUGUAAUGCACAAGUGUGUCAGAUGUUUCUUUAUUAAUUGGUUCGUGACACAGCCAAUUCGUACGUUUUCGGUAUUAUCUGUCGAACAUCAAAGGGGGUUUCGUUUGGGGUAUGGUUAUGCCGUAUAAUUAGUGUAUCCGUCACAAAGACACGUACCUAUAGUAACCCUACAAAGCACUGCGCCAAACAGAUGAUUCCUCAAUAAUUACUAAAUAAUUAUUUGUAGAUUGGAUUUAUUGUAUUAUACUAUGGAAUAUUUGUGUGUACCUAUAACUGAUAAGUAUAAUGUACAUACUAGAUAUUGUAUGUACCUAAAACAGUAAGACCUAACUUUCUAUAUUAUGUCCUACAUACCUCUAAUAUUUGAUAUAGGUAUUCUUAAUUAUUAUAAGUUAAUUAGAAAAUAAGAAAUAUUAUUCAGGAUCAUAAAUCCAAAAUAAUACAUAAGAAAUAUUAUUGUAAUUUUAUAAGGUAUAUAUUAUUUAGAUAUCUAGAUACCUAAUUAAAAGUUUAAAAAAUAUGACUAAAAUUGUUUAUACAUGUGUAUUUAUUUUAUAAUCUAUAGAAUAUUUUAGUUUAAAUUGAUAAUUUAUAAGCACCCUCGAAAUGUUAUCAGGUUCUCGACUAUAGAAUAUAUAAUUAUGAUAAUAAUUUAACAAUUUUGAAUAAGUGGAAUAUAAUGGAAAUCUUCAAACAAUACUACGUUUAGUAUCCUAUUAUAAUUUAUAUUAAUACGUAGACAUAUGUUAUGUAGGACGUAGGUAUAUAAGUAUAUUAGAAACUUCAAACUCAAAUAAUGUACAGUUCUGAAUUUUAAAAUUAAAAACAAUUAAAUUUAAGUUCACAAUUUCAUAAACUAUAUAAUAUGAUACCUAUUACAAUUAAUAAGGUAAUUUAUUAUGAUUUUGAUUAAUGAUGCUUUUAUUCAAUUCUUAUUAACGAUAUCCAAUUACUCAUUGUGUAUGCAUGAAAAUUUAAUCUUUUAAUUUACCACAACAUUUUAUAGAAAUGUGAACAUUUAUAAAUAUUUAACAAAGGAACACAAAAAAUCAAAAUUAUUCGAUUCUGUUUUUAAAAUCACGAUAUCAUAAUUCGUAACGUAGGUAGUAUCGUAUACCAACGACUGAGAUAUAGAUAUAUCAUACAUGCAGACAAUAAACAUUCAGUAAUUUUGAUAUAAUUGUCGUGAUCGUGUGACCUGUAAGAAGUUUAUUCUAUUGUAUAAUAAAAGUGUAUGGUAUUCCAUAUUCACAUGAAUAUAAAUAAGAUAAUAUAGGUACCUAUUAGGUAUAUAUUAUAAUAAAAAUCCUAAUAAUUUCAGCAUUUUGAAAAACUUUUGUAAUAAUUACUAUACCAGAUUAUAUUAAAACAACCUAUGAACUCAAAAAGCCCAAAACCAUCACAGUUUCAUAAAUUAUUUUAAGCAUUUUCUAUGUUAAGAUUGUGUUAGGUUAUAAUUCACAUAAUAGCUCAUAUUCAGGCGAUCCUGUUGUGGGCUCAUUUUUCGAGCUGAACUAGCUAUGUCGUAUAUAUUUUAUAAUUAAUGUUAUACAAUUUACUUAUUCUACACAGUAUACUAUUAUUAUAGAAUGAAUAUGAAUAUAGAUUUUAAGGACAGUAUUAUUUUUAACGAAUAAAAUAGGAAUUUCUGUAUUCUAUUAUUUAAUAUUGUGUAAUACGUACAUUUUCUUAUACGACCACAUAAAAUAUUUGUAAUACAACUUGAAU